AUGACGGUAGUUCUUUAUCCUGAUUAUGUUGUAUAUCGGGAUAGUUAUUGUACAGAACCCCAGUUAACGUUUUCCGACAGUUGCAUCAAAGUCAGUGGCUCAAAAACAUCUGAACCCUUUGAUUUUGAAUGGGGAGUUGAUGAUCUCAUUACUUUGGAGUGUCAGAGGUUUCCAAAAGCUGAAUUUGUGAUGAUAAAACUCCGUGUGAUAUCAAAGGAUGCCCCUCAAGAGGAUACUGCGGAUGGUGUUUCUGGCUUUGAGGAGUUGAAGAUUGCAGUUGUUGAACCCUAUUGGUCUGAGAAAGAGGAAAGGAUAGCAUCUUUGAAUGCAAAAUAUUUGAAUGCAUGGGUUCUUCUGCAAGACAUGGGCGUGGAAACAGAUGAGGAUGAUUCACCUGGGCAGGGGCAUCAUUUUCCAAAUUUUGAUGAGCCAUUUGAAGAUGUUGUAUAUCCAAAAGGGGAGGCAGAUGCUGUUUCCAUCAGCAAGAGAGAUGUUGAUCUCUUACAGCCAGAGACAUUUAUUAAUGAUACAAUUAUUGACUUCUACAUCAAGUAUUUGAAGAAUCAGAUUCAAUCUAAGGAAAAGCAUAGGUUCCACUUUUUCAAUAGUUUCUUCUUCCGGAAGCUGGCUGACCUGGACAAAGAUCCAUCCAGUGUUUCUGAUGGCAGAGCUGCUUUCCAACGAGUUCGUAAAUGGACAAGGAAAGUGGAUUUAUUUGAAAAGGAUUACAUCUUCAUUCCUGUAAACUUCAAUCUACACUGGAGUCUAAUAGUCAUAUGUCAUCCCGGUGAAGUGCCUAGACUUAAUGAUGGCGACUCAGGCAAGUCACUUAAAGUACCUUGUAUUUUGCAUAUGGAUUCUAUCAAAGGAAGUCAUACGGGUCUGAAAAAUCUAAUUCAAAGUUACUUGUGGGAAGAGUGGAAAGAAAGGAAAAAGGAGGCAUCUGAAGAAAUGUCAUCAAAGUUCCACAACCUGCGGUUUGUCCCACUUGAGUUACCGCAACAGGAAAAUUCAUUCGAUUGUGGCCUGUUUUUGCUCCACUAUCUGGAGCUGUUUCUGGUAGAAGCUCCUGUUUAUUUCAGUCCUUUCAAAAUAACCAAGUUCUCCAACUUCCUUAAUCCAGAUUGGUUUCUUCCUUCUGAGGCUUCUCUCAAGCGUACUCUUAUCCAGAGGUUAAUUUUUGAGCUCCUUGAAAAUCGUUGUCGGGAAGUCUCUUCAGCAGCUUCCAGUGAUGAAGACCAGGCUAAAUUUCCGGAAUGUAACGAGCAUGAAACUGGUGUGCAGUCAUUUUCAGGAAGAUGUGGUCCUGCUAUACCUUGCCAAGAAAAUAUAUCUAAUUCUCAAGCAGGCCAGGGGAUUGAAAUUACUCUGUUAUCCACAUCUUCUCUUAGGAGCUCUGAGUGUGUUAGUGAUGCAGGCUUGGUUCUCAGGGAAUUUUUUGAGCCAGGAGCCACCCCUGGCUCACUAUUUGGACAAUAUCAAUCAUUUGACCAAAAGUCAUCUUUUUACCUUCUUAAUGGAGCUAUACCACCAAUAGAGGAAGACACCGAAAAUGGAGAGCAUUUUGCUUUUUCACCUACAGGAGAUUCUGGUUUUCAGCAAAUAACUGGAAUCACAUCUCAAACUUGUGGCAUUACAUACACAUCGAGAACUUAUGGAGCUGAGACCUCCUAUGACUUGGGAAUAUCUGCACAAGAAGAAAAUGGAAACAUUGAUUCAUCCCCCAAACUAUCAAAUUGUGCAUCUGACCAUUCUGAAGAUUUAGGGGUCAUGGAAAACCAUCCAGUUGGGGAGGAAGAUUUGGGUCUGAGCCAGAAAGAAGAAAUGGAUGUGAACAAUCCAGCUAUGGAAAAUGUCACAUGUUUAACAGAUGGCCUUGUUUCUGCUCCAGGGAAUCCAGAUGCUUCCAUUAUUGAAGGUUCUCAAGACCAUGAUAAGGUGCAUGAUGGCAAUGGAAAUGGAGGUUCUCAAGACCCUGAUAAGGUGCAUGAUGGCAAUGAAAAUGGAGGUUCUCAGGACCAUGAUGAGGUUCAUAAUGGCGCUGAAAAUGAAGGUUCUCGAGAUUGUGAUAAGGUGCAUGAUGGGAAUGAAAAUGAAGGUUCUCGGGAUCGUGUGAAAGUGAAUGAUGGCAAUGAAAAUGGAGCUCCACUUUCUUCCUGCCAAGAAAAUCCUGAUAUACCAGCGUAUCAAGACUCUAAUAUGGUAGACAACAGGACAGUCUCAUGUGAUGAUGUGCAGAUGUUCGAUGAUGAUCGGAUGCCUGAAACUCAAGAGCAACCUGCUGCAAAAAGGCUGAGGCUUACACAACCACUUGAAGGGGAAAAAUGUGUCACAUGA